AUGGAAAAAACCAUCUCCAUGUGCUGGGAAAUUUGGAAGGACAGGAACACCGUUCGUAACGAGGGUGUGAGUCGGUCAGGUAACACUUUGGCCAGGAGCUCAGUUGCUAUAGUGGAGGAAUUUAGGGGUGCAAAAGAAAGGGUGUUGCUGUCUGGUCCAGAGCGGCACGUCAGGUGGCUUCCUCCAGAACCACCUAGGUACAAAAUGAAUGUCGAUGCGGCUAUAUUCAAAGACCUUCGGGCUAUGGGGGCGGGAAUGGUGCUAAGGGACUCGCAAGGUUUGGUCUUGGCUGCUAUGAGCAAGAGAGUCCCUGCCAACCUGGAAGCGUUGGAAGCAGAGGCGAAGGCUAUGGAAGUUGCGGUCCAAUUUGCAGGGGAGGCGGGGUUUAGAGAGGUGUAUUUUGAGACCGACUCCAGCACACUUAAGAAUAUCUUAUCUGGAAUUUCAGAGGCCCCUGCAUCUAUCGAAACAAUCACGGACAACAUAUUGGCCCAUUUAGACAAUUUCCAUUUUGUUUCUUUCUGUCAUGUUAAAAGGGAAGGCAACAGGCCAGCCCACAUCCUAGCCCAACAUGCAAAAUAUGUGGGUGAUUUUGUUGUAUGGUUGGAGGAAACUCCAAACUUGAUUGAGGACGCGUGUUCUCAGGAUAUUGCUUGUAAUGAUUCUGAAGUUUUAUAA